ACAGGGUUUAAGUUUUUUCAUGUAAAGUUGUUUUUGUUUACAUUCUCCUCAAGAAAUUUAAAAACAUUUAGAGUUACAAUAAGAUACCAUUUAAUAACUUCAAGUCAAUAAAUAUGACGAACAACCAUUGAUUGACAAUAUAAUUAAAAUUGAAAUCAAAAUCAAUUCUCAUCAGUUCACAAUUUUGUGAAAUAAUUUUUUUGAAGAAUAAUCAACUUAAAGAACAAAAUGCUUUUACCGGUAGUAAUUAAUAUUAUCAUUUCAAUCGGUGCCUAUCUACUGGCUAUAAAUCUAAUUCCAAAUCUUAAAAAUAUGUUCUUGAAAGCUAAAAUUUGUGGUAUUGACAUGAACAAAUCGGAAAAGAUCCAAAUCCCCGAAGCUUUUGGAGUUGUGACCGGAUGUGUAUUUCUGAUUGCCAUGUUUCUGUUCAUUCCAAUACCUUUUGGAAGCUACUUACUUGACAACAAGCCAGAUGAGAAUUUUCCACAUAAUGAAUUCGUAGAAUUGAUAUCAGCACUUCUAUCAAUAUGUUGUAUGAUUCUUCUGGGAUUUGCUGAUGAUGUUUUAGACCUGAGAUGGAGACACAAACUUUUGCUACCAACAAUUGCAUCGUUGCCUCUUUUGAUGGUUUAUUAUGUAAACUUUAAUUCAACAACUGUGGUCCUUCCAAGCAUCGUUCACUCUAUCUUAGGAAAAUUUAUUAACAUUGGAUUCUUCUACUACGUUUAUAUGGGAAUGCUUGCAGUUUUCUGCACGAAUGCGAUAAACAUUCUUGCUGGCAUCAACGGGCUUGAAGUCGGACAAUCUCUAGUAAUUGCCGCAUCUAUCAUUUUGUUCAAUCUCAUUCAAAUAAUGAACGAUUCUGUUGCUGAAAAACAUCAUUUCUCCCUUUAUUUUAUGAUCCCGUACGCCUCAACAACUUUGGCACUUUGGAAAUUUAACAAGUGA